GGAACUCUUAUUGUGAAAGGGACGAGAGGCCGUCACAAUGCUUAGUCAUGGUGAGUUACAGCUUGUGCCCCCCCUCCCUCCUCUGAGACGCACAGCUCGACAGUCGGUAGGCGGUAAUGGAGGAUACGAGGCAGACUCCUUGACAGCUGAGCCACUGGCUUCCAAGUAAACACAGCAGUGCGAACAAAUUCCUGAGCCUGGAAACUUCAAGGAAGACGUCUCUGAAGAAAGCCACCAAACCUUCCCCCCUCUUUCCACUGCAAGCUGAUAUAAUAGUUUUCCUCUUUAAAAUGAAGAUGUAAAUCAGCCUUCCUAUUUCUUCUAAAGAGUAAUCAAUAUGCAGGAUAGGCUCGCCCCAGUGGUGAAUCUCGCACAGUAAUUUAAUCUACAGAUAGGUUUUUUUUUUUUUACUUGGUGGAUAUCCGAGCAAUUAAACAAACAAAUAGGUGACUAAAACCCCCAGAAAAUAUGUUUCAAAAGAUACACAUACUGAAUAUAGACUGGUUUUAUUGUGAGGGUUGAUUGGAAAAGAUUCUGUCGCCAUCCCCAUGAGCUUAAAGGAAAACACUAAAAGAGAUUCCUUUCAUUCUCCGUCUACUUGUUCAGUUAUCACUGUCACAAAAUUAUUCAGUAACAUCAGACAAAACCCAGCGGAAUUUUGAACUCCGACGUUAUGGUGAUGUUGGGACAACAACCUGUUACAGUGCACUCAGCCUUGACUGGCAGCUCACGUAGGAGACUAGUUAUGCCAUAAAGAGGACUAUGGCUGAACAGAUCAACUGAACCCUCAUGUCUAAAUCAAUCUGAUUUAAAGGUGAAUUCAGGCGAACCCAGGAGCGCCUUUCUUUUAAUUUACCCAUGCCUGCGUGUGGUGCAAGGAUGCCCCAUAACUGUGCCUGCUGUUCCUGAGAGAGACCGAGGAGGAGGAGAACGGGUAGGAAAUGACAGAGUGCAUGACAGAAUGCAAAGCGCUGGUGACUCCGUCCACGCGCAACGGCCACCGCGUCUUCAGCUACACGCUAGAGAGCCACACGGCGGCCGCCUUCGCCAUCAUGAACGAGCUGCGUCUGGAGCGACAGCUGUGCGACGUCACGCUGCGUGUGCGCUACAAAGAUCUGGAGGCCGUUGACUUCGAGGCUCACAAGGUGGUGCUGGCCUCCUCGUCUCCGGUCUUCAGGGCCAUGUUCACCAACGGCCUGAAGGAGUGCGGUACGGAGUUGGUACCCAUCGAAGGGAUUCACCCAAGGGUUAUGGACAGACUGAUAGAGUUUGCCUACACAGCCAGCAUCUCUGUGGGAGAGAAGUGUGUGAUCCACGUGAUGAACGGAGCCGUCAUGUACCAGAUCGACAGUGUGGUCAAGGCCUGUUGCGACUUCUUGGUCGGGCAGCUUGACCCCAGCAACGCCAUCGGCAUCGCCAGCUUUGCUGAACAGAUUGGCUGCACAGAGCUUUACCAGAAGACCAGAGAGUACAUCUACAUGAACUUCAGCCAGGUUGCGACCCAGGAGGAGUUCUUCAAUUUGUCUCACUGUCAGCUGGUCACCCUCAUCAGCCGGGAUGAGCUGAACGUGCGCUGCGAGUCUGAAGUCUUCCAGGCAUGUGUAGCCUGGGUACGCUACGACCGGGAGAACCGGCGCCCAUAUGUCCAGGCCUUACUCCAGGCUGUCCGCUGCCAUUCCCUCACCCCCAAUUUCCUGCAGGCCCAGCUCCAGUCUCUGGAUUGGGACCCCCAGUGUAAAGACUACCUGGCCCAGAUCUUCCAGGACCUCACCCUCCACAAGCCCACCAAAGUCAUUUCUUGCAGAACUCCCAAGGUGCCGCAGCUCAUCUACACAGCUGGAGGCUAUUUCCGUCAGUCGCUCAGCUACCUGGAGGCCUACAAUCCCUGUACAGGAAGCUGGCUGAGGCUCGCUGACCUGCAGGUCCCCCGAAGUGGCCUGGCCGCCUGUGUGAUCAGUGGGCUUUUCUACGCUGUGGGUGGAAGAAACAACGCGCCUGAUGGCAACAUGGACUCAAAUGCAUUGGACUGCUACAAUCCCAUGAACAACUGCUGGCUGCCAUGUGCACCGAUGAGCGUGCCAAGGAACCGAAUCGGAGUUGGUGUCAUCGAUGGCAUGAUAUAUGCAGCUGGCGGAUCACAUGGGUGCAUUCAUCAUAACAGUGUUGAAAGGUAUGAUCCAGAAAGGGACCAGUGGCAGCUGGUAGCCCCCAUGUUGACGAGGCGUAUCGGUGUGGGUGUAGCCGUCAUCAACCGGCUACUCUAUGCUGUGGGGGGGUUUGACGGGACCAGCCGGCUCAGCUCCUGUGAGUGCUACAACCCAGAGCUGGACGAGUGGAAUACUAUGGCUGCCAUGAACACUGUGCGCUCUGGGGCUGGUGUCUGCUCACUGGGGAAUCAAAUUUUUGUGAUGGGCGGCUACGAUGGCACCAACCAGCUUAACACAGUGGAGCAAUAUGAUGUGGAAACUGACACAUGGAGCUUUGCUGCCUCCAUGAGGCACCGGCGCAGUGCUCUGGGAGUCACCGCUUUACAUGGACACAUCUACGUUAUGGGAGGUUACGACGGCAACACGUUCCUGGACAGCGUAGAGUGUUACGACCCAGAGAACGACACGUGGUCGGAGGUGACGCACAUGACGUCAGGGCGGAGUGGUGUGGGCGUGGCCAUUACCAUGGAGCCGUGCCAGAAAGAAGUGCCGUCAUGUCUGGGCUCUGAGAGGGAGAACGGUGCUUCCUCACCGACCUAUCAGUCUGCCAACUCCAGUUUUGGUGUUCACCACAGUCAGCGGCACAACGAGCCGUUCGGCAAAGGCCCUGAAGCUCAUCGCUAGGCCCUGUCACACAUGCACAUUUACAAACAAGCACCCUGAAACCUAACACUGUCUUCCCAAAUCAAAAUAGGGUUUUCUCAUAAACUGAUUAGAGACAGAGGUGAGCUGAAACUUCUGAAUGCUACCUCACUGGUUGUAUAUAUCACACUUUUCAAAGUACAAUGUUGAUAAGGUGACAAAAAACGAAUGUCAGUUGAGUAUCUCCGCUGGACCGUCGGAACCAUGUACGACUCCUGGUCUUUCACACAAGUUUCCAAGAUGUGACGUUUGAUUCAUUUGUUUGUGGUCAAUUGUGUUUUCGCCAAAUCUGACUUGGACCUCAGUCAGAAUACUUGUUAGCAUUUAGCUUUUGUAGACCUCAGUCGGACCAUAAUCUCCCAGGUUUGAGCCGCGGGAGGAAAGGGCUGCAGACUAAAAAGGGCAGUUAAUUGGCUCAUGAAGUCAUCAGGGGAAAGGUUGGUAAUCUUUAAUCAGAGGGGAGGAAAGAAAUUUAAAUGAUCUCAUUAGGUAAUAUAUAAGCAUUUGUCCCUCAGUGUGGGUAGUAGAGUUCAACGUGCCAUUACAAUUCCUCUGGACAAUACUGUCAUCAGUAUUUUGUCUAAAGGUGCUUCUGUUGGAAAGGCACAAACAGACAGUCACAAAAUUGCCCUUAUACCAGACACAAGGCAAUACAAACGCAUAACUUCUUGUACGUGUACAUGCCAUUAGUUAAUAUAAGUGGUUCUUGCACUUAUGGCGAAGGAGUCUGGCUGUCAACCCAGGACCUUCCACUCUGCCUGUCCCACAAGUAGGGACUCCUCAAAUUCAAGAGUCCGGACAGGAGAAGCAGCACUUUACAGUAACUGCAUAGGAAGAAACAUGCCCUCUGAUUAAAAGCCAAUGGUAGGUUUGUAAAAUGUGAAAAUAUUUGGGGGGGAAAUAUUGAGGGAAAUUAUCUUUUGUUUGGUGUAAUUGGUUUGUGGCGUGCCAAGAAAAUGGAGAAGUGGGAUUUUGUCUGUGUUUAGGGGAGACAGAAAAUAUUGUAGCAUCGAAAAAAAACUUGGAUUAAAGAAUCUAACUGAAUGUGUUUUCUAAAAACACUUAUUACCGACAGACUUGCGAACCUGUCUCUACAGUCGACCCUUUGGUUUUCACAUCCAACAGACCUCAGAAACAGAAGUGGUGAAUUAGUGUGCAUUUAUUGUACGCUAAUGACAACUUACUUUAAGAAGUGUAUUUGUAACUGCAGUUUAAGCUGCAAAGGUUUUUAAGUGAUAUUUUGUACAUUGAUACUCUUAAGAAGCCUUGUACAGAAUUUGAGUUCACUUUUUUUAUUUAUUUGUUCCGAUUCUUUGGGUUUUCUCAUUCCUCUAAACUGACAUCAGCUUUGUAUUGAAUCGGACCCCGGUGUUGUGUUUUUUAAACAACUAGCAUGCAUUGUAACUGAGUAGGAGUGCCUGUCGAUGCUAAUUUUGAAUGUUUGUAAAAAAAUUGCUUCACUUUAAAAAGGGACUUUGUUUCCUGUUGGUCAGUAGUUGGAAUGGAAAUUAGAAUAUUUAAGGUCUGCUUUGUACAUUUCUUUUCCAGCAAAAUGUCCUGUACAUUGUAAAGUAAAAUAUAUGUUUAUUGCAA